UAUUAAAGCGACGAUUGGGUUUUUUAUAGACACGACGAAACUAUCCAAAGAUGUUAUUGUACAAAGCAUAGUUCGUCUACUAACUUAUGGCUUCCGCUCAAGUAAAUCUUGAAUAUAAACAAAAACUUAUGAGCCAAUAGCACACUGUACCUACAUAACCACAUCCUAAAACUAGGCUUCCUUGUGUCGUAUAAUUUCUGAGAAAUCUUGAUAGGGUUUUAAAUCGAUCGUGUUAAGGCAUGCAAAAUAUUCGAUAACUUAGAGGGUUUCGGCUGUUGACGCACCAAAUUUUCUCACAGUGACCGGAAUUUUGAGCAAAAAAUAUUAGCAUAAAAUGACUCUGCAUUUUAUGAACUGCGUGUUAUGGCUAGCUAAAGUUCCCUUUAAGUUUAUUUAAGCAAUACACAUAACGCAAAACAAACGAGAAUCGUAUUUACAAAGCCGAGAAUCAAUAACAAAUCACGGUAGGUAUGAUAAAUAUAAAAUCGAGUUCAAGUUCCCGAAGCAGCUGAUGCCCGGUUUCAUUCAAAGUUUGUGGUUUGGGAGACGUACAGUUGAUCGCUUAAAGCUCCGAAAAAAAUAAUUUAUUGUAAUAAGUCGUCGUGAACAUUCGCCACCGCUCGGCUCAUCUCGCCCCGCUCCGCACCCCUCACCCAGCGUAUACUCGACUCGACUGCAAUGCCUCUACUAACAUUCAGUCGACUCGUAGCAGCGUCUGGGCACGGUCGCGCCACACGACGCUCUAAUCGGACUUACGUUACGGUGAAAACACGCUUAUCACCAACGCGAUACAAUAUUCAGUUACGAACUUUGUUAAAUACAACCAGUUAAAUUGUAUUACGAAAAUAUUAUAAACAUAACCACAGUGAAAUUUGGACGUUUUGUAAAAUUGUUGUGGACAGUUUGUGCGAAAUUUGUUUACGUUACCAAGGACACUUAAUCACAGGAUUGUGAAUUGAAAUCGAACCAUCAUGAGCAUUACCACGACAAGGACUAUUUGUUAAAUUGAAGCCCAAAUAGUGUUCAUAAAUUGAUGGAUACUACACAUCCGGCAAGGGGACGCAAUACGCGAACGCCGACGGAAAAAACAUGACACUGAGCUUGUCGUGUCUUGUUUUCUUUCUUCCUUGAUAUUUGAUUUUCCUAAUGAUGGCUCUACCGCAAAUUUCCUUAAGAAACCGACUUUGCCAAAUAUUGUUUUGGUUUGUCAUCGGCCUAAAUGUUGCUGACCAGAGCUCAUUACCACUGAAAUAUGAAGCUCCAGAUGAUUGCCAGUGGUGGUUGAGGGGCCCUAACGAUGCCCACGAAGUUUCUCUCACGUGUAAACUACGAACCAUCAACAGUGAAUUCGACACAACUAACUUCAGUGUCAUCCCUUCAGAACACACUACGUCCUUAAGAAUAGAGUGCAAUGAAGAAAUGAUGUACAAAAGCUCUCUAGAUGAUCGGAGUUUUGCGCAUCUAGUGAAACUACGUGAACUUGUUUUAGAUAACUGUAAAAUUGGAAGAUGGCCGCCUGGUGUACUCUCUGGCUUAAGAGACCUCCGAAAUUUAACGAUACGAACGAAAAACACGGAGUGGGCCGCUAUGAGUUUAGAGAUAGCAUCAGAAAGCUUUACGGCUGUUCGACAGUUGGAAAAGUUGGACCUCAGUUUCAAUAACAUCUGGUCGUUUCCCGAAAACUUGUUUUGCCCGUUAACGAAUUUAGUGUAUUUGAAUGUGUCGUCGAAUCGUUUACAAGAUGUGAGUGAUUUGGGAUUCAGAGAGCGAGCAAUGCACCAAGCUCUGAUUAGUGAACAAGAUGGACCGCAACCCUCUGCACCGUCUAUAUCACACGCAACCUGCUCAUUAGAUAUUGAAGUCUUAGACGCUUCCAGCAAUCAUUUUGUGUUGAUGCCAGAAAAUGGAUUUAUGGCACUUCGUAGACUAAAAGAACUUCACAUUCACGAUAACGAAAUAUCGAUGGUUGCUGACAAAGCAUUAUCUGGAUUAAAACAGCUGCAGAUCAUUGAUCUCUCGAACAACAAAAUCGUUGCUCUUCCUCAAGAUCUGUUCAAAGAUAGUAGACCAGUCAUCAAAGAAAUAUACUUACAAAACAAUUCUAUAAGUGUGCUUUCACCUAGCCUUUUCGCUAACCUCGAUCAGCUGUUGGCGUUGGAUUUAUCUAAUAAUCAUUUAACAAGCACUUGGAUUAAUGAGAAUACUUUCACCGGUCUAAUAAGAAUGGUACUGUUGAACUUAUCCAACAACAGAUUGACGAAACUCGAUCCCAAGAUUUUUAAAGAUUUAUACACUUUACAAAUUCUUAAUGUGCAGCACAAUAUGUUGGAGAGCAUUGCUGCUGAUACAUUUGCUCCUAUGAAUAAUCUGCAUACGUUAAUCUUAUCUUACAACAAGAUAUCUCACAUAGAUGCUUAUGCCUUAAAUGGGCUCUAUGUAUUGUCUCUACUAUCUAUAGACAAUAACCACCUCGAAGAACUCCAUCCAGAAGCAUUCAGAAAUACAUCCUCUCUACAGGAUUUGAAUUUAAAUGGAAAUCGUUUAAAGAAAGUGCCCAUAGCGCUAAGAAAUAUGCGAUUACUAAGGACUCUUGAUCUGGGAGAGAAUCAGAUAACGUCAUUGGAAGAACCCGGCUUCGUUGGUUUGCAUAACGUAUAUGGCCUUCGUCUUAUCGGAAAUAAAAUAGAAAACAUAAGCAAAGAUGUAUUCUCCGAUUUGCCAUCGCUACAGAUUUUAAACCUCGCUCGUAAUAAAUUGAAACACAUCGACAUGAACGCUUUUGAAACACUAACAACCCUUCAAGCUAUAAGGUUAGACGCUAACCAGCUUACUGAAAUUCAAGGCCUAUUCGUAAAUAUCCCAUCACUACUGUGGCUAAAUGUAUCAGAUAACCAAAUAGAGUGGUUUGACUACACUGUUAUACCAUCUGGGCUCCAGUGGUUAGAUCUUCACAGCAAUAACAUUAAAGAACUGGGGAACAACUAUCGUCUGGAUAAGGAACUACGUUUACAAACACUAGACGCAAGCUUUAACAAAAUGACAAAAAUAUCGGCUUUCUCAAUUCCCAGCAGUGUAGAGUUGCUGUUCCUGAAUGAUAAUCAAAUUACACAAGUUGAAGCUCAAACUUUUGUUGGAAAAACCAAUUUAACGAGAGUCGAUUUGUAUGCAAAUCAGAUAACUAGUAUGGAUCUCAAUGCGCUUCGUCUAACUCCGGUCGAUCCGGGACGGCCGCUACCCGAAUUUUAUAUCGGCGGAAACCCGUUUCAAUGCGACUGUACUAUGGAGUGGCUACAACGCAUCAACAAACUGGACCAUCUGAGACAACAUCCUCGUGUUAUGGACUUAGAAAGUAUAUAUUGUAAAUUAUUGUAUAAUCGUGAAAGGACUUACAUUCCGCUUAUCGAAGCAGAAUCUUCUCAGUUUUUGUGUACAUAUAAAACUCACUGUUUUACGCUGUGCCAUUGUUGUGAUUUUGACGCUUGUGAUUGUGAAAUGACGUGCCCAUCGAACUGUACGUGUUAUCAUGACCAACCGUGGUCAGCAAAUAUUGUGGACUGUUCUGCUGCUGGGUAUUCGGAAAUACCUAGCAGUAUACCUAUGGACGCUACUGAACUAUAUUUAGACGGUAACAAUUUUGGUGGUUUAACGAGUCACGCUUUUAUUGGACGUAAAAAUUUGAAAAUAUUGUACGCUAAUAACUCUAACAUUGACGCACUGUAUAAUAAUACGUUUAGUGGACUAAAACGCUUAACAAUAUUGCAUUUAGAAAAGAACAAUAUCAAAGAGUUGCUAGGUUUCGAAUUGUCGCCUCUGGAGAAUUUACGCGAAUUGCAUCUGCAAGACAAUAAAAUACAUUAUAUCGAUAAUCGAACCUUCAUGGAGUUGAGGCAUUUAGAAGUGUUGCGCUUAGAAGGAAACAACAUUUACGGCUUCGCGGUGUGGCAGUUCACGAUGAACCCUUAUUUGGUAGAGAUAAGUCUCUCGCGGAACCUUUGGUCGUGCGAUUGUCAGUACAUGCAUAAAUUUCGCAAUUGGUUUAAAAAUAACCUAGGAAAAGUGGAAGACGCGCAUAAAAUCACGUGUGUAUUUGACAAUGUAACAAACGCAGUGGGACCCCUUAUGGCUGAUUUUAAUUCUACGAUUUGCACGAGUCAUGUGGGUGGAAGCUCAUCUAUUAUAGAAAACCAAGUAAUCAAUGAUUAUCUGCCCCUACUGUUAAUAUCACUCUGCGUAUUUAUUACGAGCUCCGCGUUAAUAUGUGGGAUAUUUUAUUGGCGGCGAGAGCUUCGGGUCUGGAUAUACUACCAUUGCGGAUUCAGAAUGUGCUACAAAAGUACAGCUUUCGACGAUGAAGCCGACAAAGAUCGCCUCUUUGACGCCUACAUAAGUUACAGCGUGAAAGAUGAGGCAUUCGUCGCUCAAAUGCUAGCGCCCGGCCUAGAAUCGACCGACCCAAGUUUCCGGCUUUGCCUACAUUACCGAGACUUUAACGCUUCGGCGUACGUAGCCGAUACAAUAAUAGAGGCCGUAGAGUCAUCCAAGAGGACGAUAAUAGUCCUAUCAAAAAAUUUCAUCAACAACGAAUGGUGUCGUUUUGAAUUUAAAACGGCACUUCACGAAGUACUGAAAGAGAGACGAAGAAGACUGAUAAUAAUAUUGCUAGGCGAGCUCCCGAACAGGGACAUCGAUCCGGAGCUCAGGUUGUGUUUGAAAGCUAACACGUGUAUAGAGUGGGGCGAUAGACAGUUUUGGCAAAAGUUGAGGUUCGCGAUGCCGGAUUUGCGGAAGUGUCAGUAUCACCGGUCGACAGUGAAUAUUUACGCUUCGGUGUCCCCGGUGGGGGCCGGGCGGGCGCCGGCGCCGCCCCCGCCGCCGCCGCCGGGCAAGCUCCCCCCCCUGCUGGGCGACGCGCUCGGCUUGCCGGCCAGCGUGCACUCGCGCGACGUGCACCCCCACCGCAUGCCGCCGCAGGCGCAGCUCUGGGCGUAGCGUAUGCUCCAACGCAGGUAAACAGACACUGACAUUACUUGCAACGCUUAAGCGUAUUAGUCCAAUCAAAUGGUGAUAAUUAAUUUUAGGUUUUCCACAAUAUUUAUUGUAUAGCAUAAGAUUUUCGACGCCUGACACGAACUGCAUUUAUUUGUAUAGAUUAGGCCGCUAGUUUUAUUUUAAGUUGUUACGGAUUAAUUUCCUGAUUUCUGCGAUAGUAAUUUAUAGAUUACGGAAAGUCCGAUGUAAAUACAUAAUUAUUGAUAUUUGUUAAAGAAUAUUUCAGUGACUAUAAAUAUUAUUCGGAUCGCUUAAAUAUUAUAUAAUGCCAAAGUUUUAAACUUAUCGCUAUGUACAGAUGCAUUUAUUACUAUAGUUUCGUUAAACAAACAUUGUCAAUAAAGAGUAUGUAAAUAUUAUGAUUUUGUAUAUACGAUUGUAAAUAAUACGCAAAACUUUUAUUAUAAUGAGAAAAGAAAACGAGAAAUACACAUUUUUAAAAUUUUA